UCUGGGAGUGGUGUUGGGGUUCAGGACUGCCGGGUGAGGAUCGGGGCUCAGAGAGAGGAGACACACAACCAAAUACAGGAUGGCGACUCUGACACUGGUGCUGCUGGUUUUGGCUUUUACAUCUGCCACUGCGAUAAAGCCGAGAAGCCAGUUCACACGUUACCGCUCGUGGAACUCACGGAUGUAUCCGGUGUGGAAAGACGGAGACCCGAGGUUCAGGAACUGUUGGUCUGGCGGUGAAGUAACUUUUGAUUUGAAAAACGACGCUCCCACUCUGACUGGAGCAAGAGCAACCUUCUCUAUUAACCUUAAUUUCCCACCAAACCAGACAGUGCUCUCUGAUGGGCAGGUGGUCUGGGCACAAAACUGCACCAUCAACGGACAACAGUACCAGCAGGGUCAGCCCGUGUAUCCCGACCAGGACACCGAGAGGACCGGAGUCUUCCCUGAUGGCACACCGUUCAACAGGAGCCAGAAUAAGAAACCCCACUACGUGUUUGUGUGGAAGACAUGGGGGCGUUACUGGCAGGUGGCAGAUGGGCCGUCCUCCUCCCUCUCUAUUGGAACAGACAACAUCCCCCUGGGCUCCUACAACAUGGAGGUUGUCAUCUAUCACUGCCGUGGCAAAGACAAGUUCAUCCCUCUCGGCUACGCCUCCACAGUCUUCACCAUCACAGACCAGGUUCCCUUCACCAUAUCACUCGCCCAAGUCAAUGAUGUAAACCAGGACGACCAGAACUUCAUCCAGAACCGAGCCAUUGCUUUUAGUGUCAAGCUCCACGAUCCCAGCCAGUAUCUCAAAAGUGCAGACAUCAGCUUCAGCUGGGACUUUGGUGACAGCACUGGUACUCUGAUCUCCAGAGACCUGACUGUCACACACACAUACCUCUCCGUCGGGAGCUUCAAACCUCAGGUGGUCCUCAUGGCAAGCAUCCCCAACGGCUGCGGAAACCCCACCGCUGUUGUUCCAAUUGAUGCCUCUGAUGUUCCAGCAGUAGUUGUGAUGGCCUCCACUCCUGCAGCAGCACCAGCCGAGGGAGGAGAUGCAAUUGCUCUGGAUGUUCCCGCUUCUGAUGCCACUCCACUUGAUGCUUCUGUGCAGCCAGCUGAAGCAGCCACAAACACAGAAGAUGGAGAAACAGCCAUUGAGACAGACACAGGGGUAGUAGAGGUUGCUUCUGUCGCACCUGCAGGAGUUGAUGCAGCAGUUGUCCCAGAGGAACAAGAUCCCGCCGACACGGCUGCCCCUGCAGCUGGUGAGGAGGCCGCUGCUGCCUCUGUCGCGCCUGCAGCCGAAGAGCCGGCAGAUGCUGCUGCAGCUGUUGCAGAUGAGACCGCUGUGAUUACAGAUGCAGCUGAAGAAAAUGUACCUGUGAUUGAGGAUGCUGCUUCAGUUGCCCCCGUCGCUGAGGGGGAAGAAGGUGCAGCUGAGGUCACCGACACUGUCACUGUUGCUCCUGUGGCAGAAGUAGCCGCAGAGGGAGAAGCUGCUGCUGAUGCUGAUGCUGCUGAUGCUGCUGCUGUUGAUGCUGCUGUAGAGGUUGCCCCAGCUGUAACAGAAGCCCCUGCUGAUAACGUCAUAGCCCCUGCUGCCACUGAGACCACAACUGUAGAAGAGGCAGCACCAGCUGCAGAUACAGAGGCAGAAGUGCAGGCAACAGAGAAUGAAGUUACCGCUACUGCAGCUCCUGCAGAGCAAGCAGCAGGUGAUGAAGAGGCUGUUCCAGCUGAAGGUGAAGUUCAAGCAGAGGUGGAAACAGAUCCAGCACAGGUUGCCCUGGUUGUGGCCAAAAGACAAGCACCAGAGCUGGCAGCUGACUGCAUGGUCUACCGUUACGGCUCCCUCGCCACCUCUGUAGACGUUAUCCAGGGUAUUGAAAGUGUAGAGAUUGUACAAGUGUCCAAUGUUGUAUCAAUGGCGACCGAGUUGGAUCAGAAUGCUGUGGACGUCACCAUUACCUGUCAGGGGAGUCUACCAAGUGAGGUGUGCACCGUCAUUUCGGAUGCUGACUGUAUCACACCAGUGGAAACGGUCUGUAGCACAGCGACACCCUCUCCAGACUGUCAGAUGAUCCUUCGCCAGUUCUUCAAUGACUCUGGAGUAUUUUGCAUCAAUGUCUCUUUGACCAAUGAUGUCAGUCUUGCUGUGGCAAGCGCAAGAGUCAGUGUGACCGUAGCUUCUGGUGGUUCCCCAGCUGGAACUGCAGCCACAGUCCUGGGUGUUAUGGUUCUUGCCUGUGUUGUCUGUUGUAUUGGUUUGAUGUACAGGCGGUUUAAGCAGUACCAGCCACUAAGAGAAGACAGCGCUGACAAUAAUGGAGGCAGCUCAGUGGUAACGUCAGUGCCUUUGUUGUUGUGGAACUUGUUGAGCAGACAGUCACCAGGAGAGAGUCGUCCAUUACUCCAGGGGAGGAUUGUGUGAAUAUCAUCAUCAGCUCAUGCAGCUAUAAUCUACAACAUCCGCUAAAAUAUCGGCUUUAUACACAUACUGCUUUAACUGUAGCAAUAUUAGAGCUCCCAGUCAAUGUAUUGAACCUGAACCGAUUAAGUCUGUCAAGUUAAGUGAACCAGCCUGUGUACGAUGACGUGUAGAAAUAGAAAGGAGUCAAGUGUGUAAUAAAAAAGUGGAAUAAAAAUGUUGAAGCAUUUGUAGAGGAAAGUGAUAUUUAUUUUGACCUACAAUAUUUUUUAAUUGGCACUAAUAGUGUAUACAAGCCAUAACGUAUUCUCUUUUUUGUGGCCUACUUAUACUGAACUAAUGGAAAAUCAAUGUUAACACAUUUCAGUUCAAAUUCUUUGCAAUGUAA